CUUUUUUUACGAAUUUGCUUACUUACUUCUUAAUUGUAAUUAUAAUUUACAUUUUUUUUUUUCUUUAAUCCUCGUUCCCUAUCGACAGCUACUCCGCAAUACUUUUCUAAUUCUAUUUUUAUUCUGAAUUUAUUAAAUAAAUUUUUAUAUGGCGGAUUCCUAGUGAGCCAAAAAAAACGAGCAAAACACAUUAAUCACAAAUUGUGAGAUAAAUUACUAAUUGAGGGUUUGAAAUGAACAACGGAGCUGAAACAGCUCCCGAAAUUACAUAUGCCGUGAUAAAACCUGCCAAUGCCGACGGUUUUAUGAUAAAUGAAAGAGCAAUGGAACAAACAAACAACAAUAGUCCAAGGAGCGAAAGGGGAUACAAUUCAGAAUUAGCUAAAAAACCUACAAAAAAUGAAUCGUCUUUUGCUCCUCCAUUGCCAGAUGAGCCUGUCCCGAAGCUCGAACAAUCUCAGGCAAACCAAUCGGAAACUGAAUUACUCAAAAAUGGAACGGGCAUCGUUUUACCAGUACCAAAAAUGAAUGGUCGUAUGAACUCCCCAUCCUUUUCAGAAGAAUCUACUCUUAAUAACGCGGAUUUAAGUGCUCCUCCAUUGCCUGAUGAACCAAUUCCUCAAACAGAAGCAGAAACGCAACCUCCGCUUCCAGAUGAGCCUGUCCCCGUAAGUGAAUCUACUGAGAAACCGCGCAUGGCUUGGUCGGCCGAUGGCCAAGUUGCUGCAAUUUGGGAUGAUGCAACGGAGGCAUACUAUUUUUGGGACAAAAGAACGAAUACGACAUCCUGGGAGAAUCCACUGGAUGAAAAACAAGAAGAAGAUCAAGAAGACUAUACUUCUGUUGUUCGGUUAAGUAAAUUAACUGGUAAAUUCAUACGACCAGAAGCCACACCCGAAACUCAAAGUGAGCCUCAGAAAGCUUAUAAACAUAUGGAACAGUUUUUUGAUGUAAAAGGUCAUCUACAAGAACAUAACGGAAAAAGUUUGUUGGAAGAACGGCGUAACAAACGUUAUACGCGGAAAGAAAUGGCGGAACUGAAACGAAAGGCAAAAGAACGUAAAGAACGAAAACGUCGAGCACUCUUUGACAUUUCGUCUGAUGAUAUUGACUUUCGUAGACGGAAGAUCAUACGGUACUAGUCGUAUAUAUUUGUAUGUACUUUAUCAAGGCGGGCAGACUAUUAAUGAAGCUAUAUGGCUAGCCUUUUGAUAAUAACGAGUAAAGAAUGGUUGCUCGUAUUAUGUUUUCUUUUCUAAUUAGUAUUAACAAAUUCAUUGCUCAUAUUAUAACUAAAUUCCUUGUGUAUAUACGUUAAGAAAAAUGCUAUACAAAAUAAAAAAAAAAGAAAGCCACUAUAACGCUACAUGAACCCAUUAACUUUCUU